UAGUUUACAUUCGCGAUAUCGAAUUGCCGUGUGUUGAUUAUGAAGUGUGUUAAUAAUCAAGUGCAAUUAUUUUAAAAGCUCAACAAACGGUAUCCUGUUCCUACCUAUCCGAUGCCAUUAUUUCAAAAGGAUUUUACAAUUUAAUAGAAUAUGUAAGCUCUGCACCAUGCAACAAGUAUCGCUAAGUUGACCCCAGAGGGAGGGUUAGUUCCUCCCCCCAAGCCCCCCCCCCCCUCCCACGCCCUGGGUGUUGACCCCUCUACCAGCCCCCACAGGUGUUCAAUGGCCGACCCAAAUGUAGCCAAGUUGACGGCCAGCCUAGAGGACCUGUCCCUGAAGAAGCAGCUACCUUUGAGACAGCAGACCCAGAAGCCCAUGCUAAAAUACAGCAACAACUCCAUCAAGCCCGUCCAGCUGUUCAACCAUGCUGACCUAGUUUCCGUGCGAAGCAAUGCUGAGGCCGCCCGCAACGCCUACAGCAGUCUGAGCAAUGCCUCAGCCAACAGCACCAUGCCAACGCCGUUCCGUUCCACCAUGAAACCGCCACCUAGUCCCCAGCAACUUCUUAAAGCAGCCACUGGUACUAACGUUUCGUCCACCUCAAGUGGAAAUGCUGCCCCAAAAUCUGCCACAACGAAGGGUCACAGCAACCCAUAUGCCCGCCCGCUGAGUGCCAAAGACAUCGCGAGUGACCUUCAAUCACAGCAGCAGAAGAUCAAGAAGACCAACAGCGUAUCUCAGAUGCAAUCGGGUCCCAACGCCAUGUUUAAUAUCGGACCAGAAGGAACACCAGUAUUUGGUUAUCCAAUGAACGCGUUCAUGCGUCCCCAGAGUGCCUUGCGAAAGGAGACUCCUGCACAGACCUCCGGUGCGAAAUCUACAACAACGAAAAAAACUAGCGAGGAAACAACAGCAUCGAAAACUGGAGCGACGAAAUCUACUGCCACCGCGAGUCCUAGAAAAGAAAUUCCGCCGACAAAGCUAGAACGGGAAACUGACCUUAGUUUGAACGGUCAGUCAAAUAAUAAAGAAAAUAGUGGACCGAAGAAUCAGUUCGGACCGGCGUCAAAAGCAAUACCUGCUUCAAGUAGUUCACAGUUGUUAAAUCAGAGUGUUAAUAGCCCCUCUUCUAGUCCUGUAAAGGUAUCUGCAGCCUCACAGACUCAAAAUAGCACCCUUGCAAAGAAUGUGGACUCAAGCUUGAGCUCGAUUCCCUUAACUCAAGAAGUGGGCUCGGAAAAUAGUUCAAAGGCUGUUGCGUACGCUAAACCAGUCUCUUCGCUGCCGCGUCCGGGUUCUGCCGUGAAAUCUGUUAUGCCAGAUUCGCAGAUGCCAGUUCGGAACCUGAAUUACACUCCCACUAAACCGUACCACGAAGUGGCGAAUCCAAAACCUGUAAUUUCAGCCACAACCAAAACUCAACAGACUAGCGAGACUAUAAUAACCGUGAAAGCGGAGCCGCCGAAAGGCAUAACUUAUAUGGCUCCCUCUGUAAUAAAUAAGCCAAAUAAGGCAAACAAGGCUGCCUUAAGCCAGAGCAGCGACUCAAGUAGUUCCAAACUGUCCAGUGACAGUUCUUCAUCGGGAACAAUGUACUAUAGCAAGAAGUCGAAAGCAGAUAUUAUGAUUCACGAACAACGCCCGCCAGCCAUUGGUGCGCCUUCCAAACUCCUUCGAGGAGCUGAAAAGGGGUCGGCCACAAAUUUUACGUCUGGGUCAGAAUUGGAUGAAGCAGCAGAUGAUGAGUCCGAAAUUCCAUCAGGGGAGAGGAUGCCAGGUGAUGGGGAGGCCAGCCUACUUGGGGAUGAAAAUGAGGACGAGGACUUCCCAGAAGAUUGUGAAGAUGACAUCGUGGACAAUCUAGAUGAUGACUUCGUUGGAGGAUCCGACGGCGAGUCCGAUGGGUAUUCCUUCACUAGCAGUAGCAUGUCACGCCCCUCAACCUCGACACAACGCCUAAAGUCACGACCCGUGAGCGCUGUAGAAAGUGAGGUCAUCAGCGUCAGUCGAUCUCAGACGGCCUCGCCCGAUAGAAGCAUCAAGCCUCCACUGACCAAGAGUUUGUUUCCAAACAUUCCGCCAGUCGUGACUUUCGUUGCUGAGGGCGACAAAGUUGAGCAACUACCAUGGGAAGUGAGAAAAUACCUUAAAUGGCGUAUAACCUCCAUAACUCCGAACGUUGUGAAACACUGCCUGGCGCGAUCAGGAUUUCGGAUCACGAAACGCAACCAUGACUGGCUGGGCUGCUGGGGAAAGCACAUGAAAUCUCAAGGAUUCAAGGCUUUAAGAGAGUAUCAGAAGCUGAACCAUUACCCAGGUUCAUUCCAAAUUGGUCGCAAAGAUAGACUGUGGCGUAACCUCUCAAAGAUGCAGGUCCACUUCGGGAAGAAGGAGUUUGGGUUUUUCCCGCAGACCUACUGCCUUCCAUAUGACUCAAAGCUCCUGAAACGAGCCUUUGAAGACGGAAGUACAAAGCAGAAAUGGAUAGUCAAACCACCAGCUUCUGCUCGAGGUAUCGGAAUCAAGGUUAUCAGCAAACUAACCCAAGUACCAAAGAAACGGCCGGUGAUAGUUCAAAGGUAUCUUGCCCGUCCCUACCUUAUCAACGAUAGCAAGUUUGACAUGAGAGUCUAUGUGUAUGUCAGCUCGUUCGAUCCGCUACGGCUCUACGUGUUUGAAGACGGACUUGCAAGAUUUGCCUCAAUGAAGUAUUCCAGUUCCAUGAAACAUCUCGCAAACAAGUUCAUGCACCUGACAAACUACUCGGUGAACAAAAGAAAUGCUGACUACCAGGCCAAUGCAGACGAUACUGUGUGUCAAGGGCACAAGUGGAGUCUGAAGGCGUUGUGGAACUACAUGAAGCGGCAGGGAAUCAAUACGAAUGCUAUCUGGGAGAGCAUGAAGGACCUCAUUAUCAAGACCAUUAUCUGCGCUGACGGCCCAGUGAACAGCUUGGUUAAAGCGAACUGCAAGAGUCGCUACUGCGUUCAUGAGUUGUUUGGCUUUGACAUUCUACUGGAUGAGAGCUUAAAGCCGUGGGUCCUAGAAGUCAACAUCUCACCUAGUUUGCAUUCAAACUCGCAGCUGGACGUGAACAUCAAGGGUCAGAUGAUCAAAGACCUCAUGAACAUCUCUGGAAUGCGAGUGCCCGACAAGCACGACGUCGUGCCGCAUGCACCUCAGACCAGCGGCCCUCCAGAUCUCAGCAAUUAUGUGCCACCCAAUAAUGUCUGCAUGGACAAACGCUUGUUCAGUCAGCAACUCUCCCCAGAUGAGAGAGCAAAGCAUGCGUACUAUAGCCAGCGGUAUCAAGAUGAGCAAGUACAGCAGACGAUACUGGACAUCCUGACUCCGGACGAUGUACGGUUCCUCACGGAGUCCAUUGACGAGGACUCUAGGAAGGGUGGGUUUCAGAGGGUCUUUCCCACGCCUUCCACCCACAAAUACCUCAAGUACUUCGAGACGCCCCGCUACUACAACCUGCUACUCAACCAGUGGGUGCAGCGAUUCAAUCGCAUGGAGCAGAGGGGGAUUGCUCUGCUCCAGUCUCUGUGCACGGAAGGCCUACAUCUGGAGCUUUGUACGGAGAACCACAACCACCAGUGGAACCCCCCGAACGCCACCUGCCACUCGUAUCGGGGAGAUCGUUUGCUAAGUGCCCCGGUCUCAAAACAUUUGAAAGACGGCGAGGCAUUGAAGUCCAGACGCGAACGGACUUUUCAUGGAAGUAUAAUGAAGGUGACUGUCAGUCCGUCUACCCCCUCUCCAGGAGUUGUUCUCCGGAGGCUCCAUGCCAGUGUUCUCCUCAAGUCGGUACCAGCGACAGACCAUGCGUAUCGUGAAACAAGAAAUCUCCAAGCAGCAAGCGCGAAAAACAAAGAAGAAACAGCAGCUGACCACUGACCAUGCUCUGAAACAGCCUUGACCCUGAGUGACCUUGGCUCCUGACCUUUGGUGACUUUUGAUUCCUUGUUACCAUAGUAGCGCCAACGGAUGGUUAUUCUGACCAUUGACAACACCAAUAAGCAACUUUGACCUUGGGUCGUCUUUUGACCUUUGGUUUCCAUGGUUUCAUCACCAAGAAAUAAGCGUGCACUGUGAUUUUGCUAGACUGGCUGUUAAUAAUAUACAUAGCUGUGCUUUUUUGCGGUUAUAAAUGUUUAUUACUUUCAGGUUGUAUCAAAUCUCUGGCGUAUUGUGAAAUAUAUGGGCUGUGCUCUGUGAAAAGCGGCAAUCAUGCAUGCGAGUAAAGUAUCGUCCCAGAUUAGCCUGUGCAGUCCGCUCAGGCUAAUCAGGGACGACACUUUCUGCCUAAACUGGAUUUUUGAAAAGAAGAGACUCUUUUAAAUAUCAUUAAAGCGGUAAGUGUCGUCCCUGAUUAGCUUGUGCAGACUGCGCAGGCUAAUCUGGGACGAUACUUUAUGCACAUGCAUUAAACCCUCUUUUCAAGGAGCAUGGCACUUUUAAAGAUGAUGCUAAAAGGAGGAGUAUUGGGGAAUUAUUGUUGCGCAACAAGACUUGAGAAAGUUAAUAAAAGUGAUACUUUAGUAUUAUUUUUAUGGCAAUAUGAAAACAUAUGUGCUUUUAGUGUGACUUUAAAAGUCUCUUACAGUCGUUUGGUUUAAGAGAUGCAUAGAAAUUGUGAUACACUGUUUUUUUUCCUCAAAAACUGUCAAUAAUUUAUUUAAAGUCUUGACUUUAAUUUAAAUAAUUUUAAACUAUUUUUGGACCACAGAUUUAUGGUUGAUUUGAGCAACACAGUUUUUCAAAUAGUGUUUGUUUAAAAAAAAAAUAUCAAGGCAUUUUGGGAGUUUUAGUUGUGGAGCAAAAAACCUAUGGGGGUAGAUGGAUACAUUUAGUCAAUUAAAAGCACCCAUUUUGUCAUUUGAUGAACAGCUUUUUAUUUACAUUUCAUUUCAAGCAUUGGUUGGGACCAUCUUCAUUAGUAUUAAAUUGUUGUGCUUUUCCAUUAAACAUAUUGAUACAUGAAAUAUUGUUUUGUAUUAUUAUAAUUAUAAUCAUUACUUUCGGUUAACCAGAAAUGCUAAAAUUUGUGACAUUAUGAAAAUGUUGCAUUAAGCCUAUCAAAAUCAUCCAUAUAUUUAUUGAUCAUUUGAUAAUCUAUUUGCGCAACAAACAUAAAUUCCUAUUACAUUUAGAACCGGUUUUUGAAUAGAAGUUUGAGAGCAUUUCAAUCAAAGCAGACUUUUUUCUUUUAUUGAUAAAUACUUAAAUCAAAUACAUUAUUUAUUCUAGAUAAUUUCAUCUUGUUCAUUUUCUCGAUAUGUGAAUAUUUUGUUUAUCACACUUUACUGGAGUAAGUCAAAGUUCAUCCAAUGACAUAAAAAACAUAAUAAGACAUGUCAUAACAUCAUAAAAUUCUAUUUUGAAAGAAAGCGCAUUUGCUAGGCCCCAUCAUCCGCGUUAUUAUGUAUUUAAUUUUUGAGCUUAUUUAUUGUUUCACUUUUGCACAAUGUGAUUAUCCAUAGACCUACGGAAGGUUUUAGUGCCAAUAAACGUGAAAGUUAUAUAAAUAUAUUAUAACCUAGACAAGCAUUAUGUAAUGUAUGUAUGUCAUAUGGUUUUAUAUGUAACUUAGUCAUUUAAAUAAAUUUUAGUGUUACAUUGUAUUUUUAAUAUAAUGUUGUCUAUAUGUAAGUACAUUAGAGACAUAAUUGACAUCAGUCUGGGAAAACAAGGUUUUCAGAUACAUGUACAUGUAGGGAUUUAUUCAUUAGCUAAAAUUUAUUUAACAGUGGCUGUAAUAGUUGUUACAUUUAAAAAUUCAGAAUCUGUUCUGGACCUCUAUUUGCAAAGUUCAUUUGACAAUAUGUAUGAACAACUAUUUUUUCCCAACAAUCCCUCGAAGAGGCUAUUUCAUUUCACUUUUACCAUUAAAAUGUUUUAAAAUAAUGGUAAAUAUUGCUUUAAUCAGUCAAAAAAAAAUUCUGUUUGACCAAGGAAGCCCAAAUUUUAUAUUCAUACAUGCUGAGACCAAAAAAAAGUUACACACCAGCCAACCAAUGAAAUAUUACAAGCCUUCAGACCAAAAAAUUGUUACAUGCUAGCCUACCAAUAUAAUGUUACAUGCCUGUUGUAAUUAAUAAAAUCUUACAUGCAGGCCAAUCAAUGAAAUUGUACAGGCCCAUGACCAAUAAAAUGUGAAAUGCCAACCGACCAAUAAAAUGUUACCUUCCAAAAGACCAAUAUUUUUUUUAUUCCUAUUGACCAAUAAAAUGUUACAUUCCUAUAGACCAAUAAAAUGUUAAAUUCCUAUGGACCAAUACAAUUUUACAUUGCCAGGGACCAAUAAAAUGUUCCAUGCCCGCUGACCAAUAAAAUGUUUCAUGCUCGCCGACCAUAAAAUGUUAGAUUUCCCGCCGACCAAUAAAAUAUUACAUGCCUGUUGUUCAAUAAAAUGUUACAUGCCUGCUGACCAAUAAAAUAUAACAUGCCUGCCAACCAAAAAAAUGUGACAUGCCUGUCAACCAAUAAAAUGUAAUAGUGCUGCCGACCAAAAAAUGUUACAAUCUGCCAGACAAAAAAAUGUGACAUGCCUGUUGACCAAUAAAAUGUAACAGGCCUGCCAACCAAAAAAUGUUACAAAAACAUCUUACAGAUCAAACAAAGUGUUACAUGCCUGUUGACCAAUAAAAUGUAACAGGCCCGCCAGUAUGAAAUAGACAAUUGUGGCAAAGCCUGGUUCAACAUUAAACAAUGUAGCGCCUGUUAUAAUUUUAGAUCACUGUUAAAUGUUUACCUUUAGCCUUGAAAAGAAACAUUGGAUAUCACAUGAAAACAUUGAUAACACAAGAAAACAUUGAUCUGAAAUUUUAAUAAUAAUCUGAAAUGUUUACUUUAGUUAAACUUAUGUGAAAAUGUUCCAUCAGAGCUUUGUUCAGUCUUAUCUCUCACUAGGAAUAUACAUUUUAAAAUUUGAAACAGAUAAAAAUAUAAUGUCUUCAUAGUCUUCAUUCGCUCUGUGGGUGUAACUGCCUAUAUGUUUUAAGUGAUAGAUCAAGUGGAUGUAUGUAUGUGUAUAUAUGGUUUAGUUUCUAAACCAUUAUUUUACAUUUAAGUUUUUGUUUUAAAAUAUUCAGGUAAAAUUGUUUUUUGUUUUUAACCAGGUUUUCCGAAGGAAAAAACUGGUUAUUAGAUUGGCGAAUGCGGGCGGGCUGGCUGGCUGGCUGGCGGGCUGGCUGGCUGGCGGGCUGGCGGAAUAAGCUUGUCCGGGCCAUAACUAUGUCGUUCAUUGUCAGAUUUUAAAAUCAUUUGGCACAUUUGUUCACCAUCAUUGGACGGUGUGUCGCGCGAAAUAAUUACGUCGAUAUCUCCAAGGUCAAGGUCACACUUUGAGUUCAAAGGUCAAAAAUGGCCAUAAAUGAGCUUGUCCGAGCCAUAACUAUGUCGUUCAUCGUCAGAUUUUAAAAUCAUUUGGCACAUUUGUUCACCAUCAUUGGACGGUGUGUCGCGCGAAAUAAUUACGUCGAUAUCUCCAAGGUCAAGGUCACACUUUGAGUUCAAAGGUCAAAAAUGGCCAUAAAUGAGCUUGUCCUGGCCAUAACUAUGUCAUUCAUUGUGAGAUUUUAAAAUCAUUUGGCACAUUUGUUCACCAUCAUGGGACGGUGUGUCCCACGAAAGAAUCACGUCAAUAUCUCCAAUGUCAAGGUCGCCACGACUAAAAAUAGAUUUAAAAAAAAAAAAAAGGGGGUUAAUUUUUUUGGGUCAUUUCAAAAGUUCAGUUUGAGUUUUCUCCCUUUAUCAGAUUUUUUUUUCACAAUGAAAACCUGGUUUUGUGACAAUUUUGUCCCUUGUUUUCCAUUAUACAGCAAACAAAAAAGUGUACACAAAGUUAAUGUUUUAUUUUAACCCAUUUAUGCCUAGCAUCUAGAAAAAAGGCCUUGGCAAACACAGUAGACCCAGAUGUGACCUCAUCAGGGUCUGCUUAAAUGAAUUUCUGUAAGAAAUAUUCUAAAUAUAGAAAUAAAUAUACUAGACAUCCCUAAUUUUGGAAAUAAAUUGAUCCAAUUUAGAAGGAUGGGAGAGUCCACUAGGCAUAAAUUGGUUAAUUUAGAUUCGUUCGUAUUUGUACAAGUCAUCCAUACAGUUGAUGCUGUUGUUUUGUUACUACAUAGUUAUAUGUUAUUUAUAUUUAGUACAGGUAGUUUUUACAAGUCCUUUUGUAGGAUGCAAACAAUUUCUGGGAUUGAUGCUAAAAUUUGUAUAGUUAUAUAGAGUAAAGUGUUUAAAUUUUAGAAUGCUACAUAGUUUAACGAGAAGAACCGCUAAUGAUAUUUGUCAUUGUAAGUUUAAUUCAUGAAUGUUCUUAAAAAAAUCAUUUAUACUUUCUAUGAUUUUGACUGAAUAAAAAUGUUUAUUUUACAUUUGUUACCUUAACUGGGUGAUAAUAAAGUUGUGAACAUACAUGUUGGAAAUGGGGAGUAAAAUACUUAUUUACAUCCAUCAGAUAAACCUAGAAAAAGUUGUUUUCUUCAAAUAAGAGGAUUUGUUUAUUUGUUGUAGUUAUAGUAAAUUUUGACAGGCAUUUAAUUUAUCACUGCUCAUACUGAAAAUCUCAGAUAUAAACUCCUUAACGAAUGAACAAAUCUGUCCUAAAAAAUCUGAUUUUCAUUUAUCAAGCAAGAAUUUAUUGGAAAUAUUCUAUUUAGAUUUCCAUUACAACAACAUUCCACAUACAAGAUACAAAUAAAAUAUGGGUCUUCUCCAAAAGAUGUUUAAAGAAUGGUGGCAUUUCUUUUUUUGUGUUUUUCUUUCAAAGCUGCGUCCAAAAUGUUGUGUCCUUUACAACAAAAAGCAAUUAUUAAAUAUAUUUAAUGUACAAUUAUAUCUUCAAAGCAUUGUUUUACAUAAAUUUCAUAUUUUUAUAGUAUCGCAAGUUUAAAUAUUGCUGUGAUAAAUAUAACAUGCCUAAUAAUUGUUACUAUUAUAAUAAAGUGUUGAAUAUAGAUA